AUGGUCGACAAGAUGAAGCAGCUCUUCCUACUCUACCUCCUUGGGUUCAUCGCCAACUCUUCCCAGAUCGAAGACAACAAAAUCCCCAGGCUCUGCUCAGGACAGCCAGGCAUCCCAGGCACCCCAGGCCUGCACGGGGGCCAGGGGCUGCCAGGCAGAGAUGGACGAGAUGGCCGGGACGGGGCAAUGGGGAUACCAGGCGAGAAGGGCGAGAUGGGUCCUCCUGGACCCCCCGGCCCCCGCGGGGAGGUGGGGAGCCCCGGCGUGGACGGCCUGCACGGUGAGAAGGGUGCACAGGGCGAGUGUGCGGUGGCCCCUCGAUCGGCCUUCAGCGCCAAGCGCUCCGAGUCGCGCAGCCCGCCACUGGCCGACCAGCCCAUCCGCUUCGACGUGGUGCUCAUCAUGGAGCAGGGCCACUAUGACCCCGCCACAGGCAAGUUCACCUGUGAGGUGCCCGGCCUCUACUACUUCGCUGUGCACGCCACCGUCUACCGUGCCAGCCUCCAGUUUGACAUCAUGAAGAAUGGCCAGUCCGUGGCCUCCUUCUUCCAGUACUACGGGAAUUGGCCGAAGCCCACAUCGCUCUCGGGGGGCGCCCUGGUCCGCCUGGAGCCCGAGGAUGAGGUGUGGGUGCAGGUGGGCGUCGGGGACUACAUCGGCUUCUACGCCAGCGUCAAGACAGAUAGCACCUUCACCGGAUUCCUUGUCUACUCCUACUGGCAAAACUCGGCUGUCUUCGCAUGA